GACUUUAAACCAUCAUGUCUCGCGAAAUCAUCAAUAUACAGGCUGGCCAGGCAGGGAAUCAGAUUGGGGAGAGUUUUUGGAAUAUGCUGCUGGCUGAGCAUGGUCUUGAUCAAUCUGGGCUAUAUCAAGGCGAUGACCCUCUGCAGAUUGAACGGGCUGGUGUAUACUUCACUCAAGUGGAAUCCGGUGGUACCACAAAAUAUAUUCCUCGCAGUGUUCAGUUAGAUCUUGAAUCUGGCGUUUGUAAUCAUAUUCGUUCCGGCCCCUUGGGACAUUUGUUCAGGCCUGACACAUUCGUGACUGGUGAUUCAGGCGCUGGGAAUAACUGGGCUAAAGGAUACUACACGGAAGGAGCCGAACUGAUCGACAACAUCUUGGAUAUCCUCAGGAAACAAUCAGAAGCCUGCGAGGCUCUACAAGGAUUCCAGAUCCUCCAUUCACUUGGCGGAGGCACUGGUGCUGGCUUGGGAUCGCUUUUAUUGUCGAAAUUAAGAGAAGAAUAUCCCGACAGAAUGCUUUCUACAUUCUCAGUUUUGCCCUCACCGAAGGUAUCAGAGACGAUAGUCGAGCCGUAUAAUUCAUUGCUGUCAAUACAUCAACUAAUCGAUAAUUGCGAUCUGACAAUCAGCAUUGAUAACGAAGCUCUUUAUAACAUCGCGACAGGAACGCUGAAGAUCAAAAGUCCUGGCUUCGAUGACUUGAACCAGCUCAUUGCCAAAGUAAUGUGUGGCGUAAGUACGAGCUUACGUUUCCCUGGUCAGCUUAAUGGCGAUCUCCGGAAACUUGGGAUGAACCUUAUCCCAUUUCCUAGGCUUCACUUCCUCAUGCCAAGCUAUGCUCCAUUUUACGAUCCAAAAGCGCGCGCAUUCCAGAAGAUGUCUGUUCCUGAGUUGACCUCGCUGCUGUUUGACAAAAAGAGUCUGUUGGUGGCUUGUGAUCCGCGAUUUGGUCGGUAUCUUACUUCUGCAACGAUUUUCAGAGGAAAAGUAUCUUCCAACGAGGUGAAGACCUCAGUGUUGCAACUUCAGCGGAAGAAUUCACAGAUGUUUGUCGAGUGGAUUCCUGACAAUGUGUCUGUUUCGCUCUGUUCCGUUCCGCCUGUUGGGCAGCCACAGGCCGCCACCGCAUUAAUGAACUCGACAUGCAUGCAGGAACUCUUCAAACGUAACCUUGAUCAGUUCACUCGCAUGUUCAAGCGACGUGCCUUUAUUCAUUGGUAUAUUGGAGAGGGCAUGGACAUGAUGGAGUUUUCUGAAGCAGAAAGUAAUACACAGGAUCUCAUUUCGGAGUAUCAACAGUAUCAAGAAGCCACCACAGAAGCAGAGGAGGAAGUCGAAGAAUACGAAGUCGAGUCCGAAAUUGAUCAAUAAUGCACACUAGAGAAUGCGACGCCCCAAAAUUACCACCUAUGCUUACAUUUACAUAGACAUACUACCUGGGACAUUUUAUAUUCGACAAUCACGUCAGGAAUCUAAUUACAUUUUGAUUGAUAUAUACAUAUAUAUAUAUUGUGACACGCUCUGCGGAUCUCAUCAUCAAUGCAACCAUAACCUGGUAG